CACCCUUCAGAACAAUUGACCAGUGGUGGAGCAGGGCCCGCUGUUUUGACAGCCACUGCCUGCAGUGUCACAGCGCGUUACGCUCACAUUAGGUGGUCAGAAAGGAGCAAUAUCUGCCUCGUCGGACCGGAGGGACGCGCUGUUUGCAGAGGUGAUAUUUGCUAGGAAUAAUACACAACAUGCACCGCUCCCAUUAGUACCCACGGCGCAGAUGGAUCGGGAGAGAGUCUCGUUAGUCAAAUUGAAGAUAAUAAUCAGUGAGUGAUUGCUGCUUAAGCUGUGAAAACCAAAUGAGGUUUAAAUAUGCAGGUGUGCAGGUGAUGAGUCGACACAGAGCCUCUGCCUUUCCUUUGGACUCCGUGUGGCUCGGAGUGUGAUAAAUUGCUAUUCUGCAGGGGUCUACGGCGCGUCAUCACCGGUGACCCUCUAAACCGGGGAGCCGGGUUUUAUUUUUAGCAACGCGAGGCGCAGCGCGAUGCUCCUCGUCCUCGAGGAGGACCGGAGGCAGUGGCCAGCGACGAGCCGAGUACAGUCAGAGUGUGAACCGCUGCUACAGCAUCCUACAAGCUAAACACGCGAAGGGCAGCGCGUCAGGUACUUGAUGAAGACUGUUUGAACUCACGGUUGAUUGUUAGCUCCAAAAAUAGCAACCAUGUGGAUCUGGAAGUAGCAAACUCAAUAAAGUUGAGUCACAAGCGUCAUGUCCUGUCUUCAGCAGCAGCGGGUGCUCGGAGCCAGAUAUGAAGGACCCGUCUGUUCCUGGGUGCGACGCUGUCGGCCAUGACCUUCAGCCAUGUUGUGCCAAACCAUCGCCCGCCACCCGGCGUCUGCCUCUUUCUCCGCCUUUGCUGUGUCUUGCAUCAGAGCUCGGUUCCCCGGUGGAACCAGCUGCAGGCAGACAGUUAGCAUGGCCGCUAACACUGCUACAAAACAACACAGAGCUAUGGUUGUUGUGUUAUUAUCAUUUUGAAGGAUAUUUCAUGGUCUCCAAAGAAUGAACACUGAGCUUAAUGAUCCUUUGCUGCAUUUGUUCAGUGAAUAUGACAAAAUAUUGCAGGUGGAUCAUUAUGUGACUGCUCAUGAGUAAAUGGUGUUCAAGUCUAAAUCUUAAAAAAGAUCCUAAAGCAAAUCUUAAUCUUAAAGCACUAUUAUGGGCGGAGACUGCGAUUUAAUGUGAUCAGCGUUUACCUGAGUUGAGUGAAGCUCCGCCUCCUGGACUUCCAUCUCCUCUGAGAUGCUGAAUCAUGGGCGUGUGUCCCCCAGAUUUAUCAUUGUCACCAGUGGCCUUCCAUUCUGUUUACUUUCUAAAUAACUGAAAGCUUUAUUGGCUGAAAGGGUCAGACCUGUUUGCCAAAGGAUUAGAGAGAUAUUCCUGAGUCUGGUUGUUUUGUUUGUCCUUGUCAUAUUCUAAGGCCCUUCCUAUUUUUUCAAUGCUAGUUUACCCUAAUGGAUGUGGCUUUCUUCAGACGAGCAUCGGUGACUCAGUCCUUUGGAAAGGUGCCUGCUCUGCUGUAGUUUGUGCAAUAUUGAAUUAAAAUGCGUUGCGCUUUGCGUCUUUAGGUGUGUGUGUUUGCGUGGACUGAAGUAAUCUCAUCCUGGACGCUGUGCAGAUGAUGUUUUAUUCUGCUGAAUCACAUUAUGACGGCUGAGCCAGCCCACGAGUUCUACUGGGUCACUCCUGUCGUUUGUGCACUUCAGCGCCGGCCUGCACGGACAGAUCUCACCUCCCCUAACUCGCCCUUUCAGUUGUUUUAAGCAUCUGGUGAAAACCGAUGUGACUUCUCCCAAUCAGGGUUCAAGUGAGCGUUAUCUGAAUGGUAACAAAAUGAAUAUGAAAAACAAUAAGUAAUAAUAUUGUUUUUUCUCUCUUCUGUUCACAUUUGACUGUUCAGUGUGUAUGUACUGUAUGUGUGUGCUCGGUGUUCUUGUGUUGGGUUUCUUUCUUUACGACGCCGUGAUAAGAAAAUUCCUUCUGUUUUUGAAAAACUUUAUGUAAAUAUCAUCGGUGAAAGUUGACAUUUGUUGUGCGCCCGUUUCCCCCAUCGCGCCGCGCGAGGCGACGGGGAGAGCGGCGACGUUCAUGGGUAACAGUGGUGAUGUUGAUAAUGCUGAAGCUGAUUAUAACUGCCCUUCUUGAAUAAGGGCUUUUGAUGUCCGCUGUAUUUUUGUUGGGGGCGUUGUGAGGUCGGGGCAAGAGCGAGAAAGGGAAAAAAGUGGUACCCAACACAUCCCAGGCACACUGUAGCAACACUGCCACCCCCCACACACACACACCUCGUGGAAAAGGCCUGAGCUCCCAGGACUCCUCCCUGUGGAGCCUCUCUGCCCCGGUCACUUGGCAUGGCGGCUCACCCUGUCGGCUUAUGGGCUUGGGGAUUUACUGUAAUGCCAUUGUGUUCGCCGGGAUUGGCCCUGUCCUGACACUGAUGAUGCCGUCCUCAUUGAAUCCCGAGCCAUUGUCGCCUCCGCCGGAGGCCGCGUGCGGGGACGAGCCCGUGCGGCGAGGAGGCGGAGGGACAAUGCAAAGCGCCGAGUGCGACCCCGUAAUAGCAGUUUCCACGCCCGCGAAUCAGACUCUCGCUCGGAGAAAGACGCGUGAUUAGGCGCCGCGGGCCGGCCUCGUAAUGGGCCUGACUCUCGUUCAGUCGGAUAUUUGUAGGAACUCUCAAACUCCAGCAAGAAAAGCCCAGGAUUAGUCAAAUAGCCAAGCUGUAAACCGCCAUAUGGCAGACAUAGUGGAAAUAAGGGUUUUUAAGCAACGAAGCAUAAGACUGAUCUUUCCAAAUGUCCAAAAUAUGUCCUGUGCCUUCUCAGCAGUCAAAUAGCCAUCCCACUGCCCCCCCCCCCCCCCCCCCCCCCCCCGCAGUGGUUCUGAGGUUUUAAUGCACCUGUCUCUGCACCGUUUCCCUAUUUUCCACAUGGCGGAGCCCCGUGUGUCCGUCUGGGCCCGUGUGUGGCUUAUCGGCUUCACAUUACUGUUGGGGCCGUCUCCACCUCUGACAGGAUACGCUACAGCAGAUACUCCCAGCAGCAGGACAGAGGAUACGCUCCCGUCCUCGCUGUAACAUCAUCCCUCACACGCGUCCCACGGGGGGGAAGCAAACGCACAUACACACGACAACCCAUCCCCACCUUUUCCCCCCCGAAUCCAGAUCCGUCCGUUUCCUCCUUCCCGCGAUGCUCGCGCGUAGACUUUGCGACUCGGUUCGAGCGGCCUCCAGCUCGCAGACAUUUUCAAUCAGGUAGGUAAAAAGCAAUAUACUUUAUCGAUCUAACGCCAUAACGCAACACGACUUACCGAGCCUGACGGCGACUCCUUUGCAUCAAGGGAUGUCGAGGGUAACACCCACCUUUCUUCUCCUCCUUUCUCAACUUGCCUUGACCCACCUCUUCAACAAAGAGUGCUCUAACUUAAAACACACAAUUGUGAUGUGUACAAUCUAAUUUCAUGUAUUUAUUUAUGUAUUUUUGCCAACUUUGUAUAGUGUAUAAAUAUCUAUAAAUAUAUGAAAAAUGACAGUACUGUAUAGAUUUUAGCUGCCUGGUAAGGUUAAUAGUAUAUACUUGGUAGACUAAAAGAAAAAGCGUAGAGCUGUUCAAAAGCCAGUUAUUGAGAACACGCUUUCUGUAAAACCCGGCACCACUGGCUCUUUUUAUAUCCUCCGUUCUGCUUUUGCUUUGUUUUUGUAUUAUAGCCAGUCGGGUCCAAACGUGUGUUGUUCCUCCUUCCGUCCGUCCGUUCGUUAAUCGACUCAUCUAGCUGUUUUUGGUUUUGCUCUUUCUUGACGAGACACAGCGAGGUUCUGGCAGCCAGGAGAGUGCAGUGGAACGCGGACUGGGACCCUGUGCUGUAGUGUGUGUAUGUGUAUGUGUGUGUGUGUGCGUGUGCGUGUGUGUUCUAGGUGUGCGUCGGUCCAUGGUAGUGCUAGUGCUCUCUGUGCAGUGCCCCCCCCUAUCUAUCUUUCUCUCUCUCUCUCCCUCCCUCUCUCGCUCUCUCUCUCUCUCUCCCUCCCUCUCUCUCUCUCUCUCUCUUUCUCUCUCUCCCCCUCUCUCUCUCUCUGAUGUAGUCUGUCAUGUGACGCGGCGUGAGUCGAGGUGUGGGAUGACUGUGUCCGCUGACGCUGGCAGAUGCCCUCUCUCUCUCGGCGUCUCCUCGCGUCCACUGCCCACGCGGCCCCGUCCGAUCACGUCCCGAUCGUAUAGAUUCCCCACUUCCUCUGCUCGACGGUUCAUCGCCCGCUAAUGCAUGCGCCAGCGGAGUCUCGUUUCGCCGUAAUCCAUGCCUCCUCAUCUGCCUGUGACUCUUGGCCGUUAGCGGCUCUCGGCCUCGCUGCCGAGCGCCUCGUUGGUCUUUGCGGCGUUGCUUUCGCUCGGCCUCCGCUCCGUGCGGACCGAGGAGGAGGGCAGCUGCUGGCUCAGAGGGCAGCAACAAAAAGCAGCCAUAUUUAGAAGUCAAGCACAGACCUGUGACUCAGUUGUGUGUUGUGGCGGCCUCGCUGCCGCCCUGUUUGUAGCAAGAGCAAGAGAACAGCCUUAAAGAUUGGACCAAAUACACCAAUAAAUGUGGGAUACGUGCAUUUGUAGUGGACUGUGACCUUCCCUCACCCACUCCAGAGUUAUUACUCAGUAUUCUGAUGUGUUGCUUGGUUGCUCUGUACAUAUCUGUGUAGUACUUCUGUUGAUGUCCCUGUGUUAGCGUAGUAACGGGUUCUUUACUGGGCGGCCUCCGCAGACGCUCUCUCCCUCGCCUCGCAUCCUCGAAAACUUCCAAACAUUCCAUCUCAAUCUCAAUUGCACAGCAUUUCCCAGGCGUCCUCCUCCUGAUCGAAGCGGCGAAAGGAACAUCCUCCUCCGUAGCCAUGAUAAUAACCACGGCGCCCGGAGCCAAGGCCCGCGCGUUCGCGCCUCUGCCCCCCCACGUCCGCCUUCGCGCCGCCCUCACCCGAUCGCCCGCCCCCUGGGGGGGAGCGAAGGGUGAGGCGGGGGAGGAGGCGGCAGAGCCCUGGAGGGAGGCGCGGAGGCGCGUCCCAGCGGGUCGCCUCCCGGGCCCGGAGGGAGGGAGGGCGCGGGGGCGUCUCGAGGUCGAACCCAGUAGCACUUUGGUUUCGCGUUCCAUGUUUUUUUAGCCUCUCCUGUUUUUUGGCCGAGCGGACUGUGAUCUUACUGGUUCAUUUUCUCGUUCUCCUCCACCCAUCAGUGUUACAGAGUGUGCUGGGUGGACGGAGCCAUGGAGCUGAGCUCUGAUUUUGUUCCAUAUUAAAGACGCAUUUUUACUAUA